GUUGAACUCCUACUAGCUCGUCGCAGACGCCGGCGACGGCAAUCCCUUGCUCCUGCUCGAUAUAUCGCGCGACACAUUCAUCCUAACUUCCAAUCUUCCGAGCAGCAUAUGACAAUAAGUCAAACCAUCGUUCAAAUGAUCCCAACGCAGUCCCAAUCAGGAGCCAAACGGAAGCAUGCAUUGGACGAUUCAAAUCCGAAUCCGUUAAUGGCGGCAGCUAAGAAGAAAAAGAACGACCAUACGAACGGCACCUCGAAUAACAAACGGAAACGUGAGUCUUGUUUCCGCCCCCUUUCCGACGCGUCUUCAGUUGAACGGGGACUCUGUGUUCACAGUACAGAAGGGUGCAGAUGCAAGUGGUGGUCUCCUCAUUGUUCACGCUCCAGAUCCUUACCCGCAAGGACAACAACUACCAUCAUCCUCUCGACAUGCCUCCCAACCACCACCUGAUCGGCCAGACUCGUCUCAGUCAUCGCAUCGCCUCAUCCCAACAGGAUCCACGUCGUCGUCGCAAUCCAUCAUCCAAGGUCAACCCUCGAAAAGGUUUCGAGCUGGGUCCCAGCCCCUACCCUCUGAAUCCCAAUCUCACGCGUCUACAUCGCGAGAACCCGCCCUGGGCUCCAGAACGCGGAUACCAUCCAUUCCUGAGGAGAAUGUAGAGCAGGACGUACGUGCGAUGGAAGACGAAGCAGAUAGGCUACGUCGUGAGUCGCGUGCCCGUCAAGUGGACCCCUCAAUCAGACCAAGUGAUUAUGCUGCCAUGCCUGAUGUAGAACCUACUGGUGACGAUGGUGACACGAAUCUGAAUGGAACGGCAAUAAAGGGGAAGAAAAAACACACGAGUAACAUCAUCGAUACAACGCUACAAAUACCUGUCGAGGAAAGCCCGAUGAUUGCGAGAAACAAAGCUUUACGUCAAGAUGCUAUGGCUGCCAUUAGGAGUGCUAACGUACCGGGUCAAGACGAGGAUAGAGGAAGAAGCUCAAAAUUGGGAAGAGACAGUAGUGAGAAACAAGGUCAGGGCCACAGGCGGAAAAGCUCUGUCAGUCGAGGGAAGCGUAUAUCUGCGUCGUUCGAAGUUUCGGGGUCAUUCGCUGAACCUCACAAGUCGGUGACUCACAAGAGCUUUUACAAGCACAUUGAUGUUGAUCUUCCUGAAUCAGAACGACUUCGACAAUUGUUGAUAUGGUGUCAUUCGCGAACCGUUCAGGAUCCUUUUACCUUUGCAUCAUCCGACUCUUCUCCUGAGCUUCCAGAUUUAUCGGCAACAGCUCACCUUGUCCUGAAGGACGUUUGGAGAAUCUCUCUCCAAAGGCUAGCUGAUAAACAGAUCAACCUGAAUCCGUAUUCUUCCAGUAUGUCGUCAUCUAAGCGGGCAGCAUCAAUGCCUAAACUCCAGGAGAACGAACAGAAUAUGUCUCUGAGGAGAUGGGAAACUGAGUACUCUGCGGACAUACGGAAGAUGGAAGAAGAAUCGGAAGCAUGGAACAAGGUUGAAGUGUUUUACGACGUCUUCAUUAAGAAAGAGCGAGCACGGGUAGACCAGCGCAAGACUGACCUCGAGGUUCUUUCCCAUCUAUCAGCUAAAGCGCAAGGAAAGCAGAAGGCUGAUGCCCAGGAGAUGGUAGAUGAUGAUCUGAGUUGGCUUCCAUCGUUGGAUCUGUUACCCGAAUCUCAACGCAGUGUGCUUGGAUUGUGCAAAUCUUUACUCGGGAUAGAAGCCGCGAGAGGCCGGGAAGACCGGGCUAUCGAUUCUGGUGCUGCAGCGAGGAGCGAGAAAGAUCAGGCAGAGGAGAAGUUGACAGGGCGGUUCCGAGAGCUGGAGUAUAACCUGGAUCAACUGCAUUCGUUUGUGAAUACAGCGAGGGCUGCGACGAGAGUAGCUGAGAAUUUGUUGGAUAAGAGGUUUGAGGUCUUGUCUGUGGCGUUGAAGGCUCGGACUGGGGAUAGUUCUUUGUUCUCUUCCUCAUCAUUCAGUCGGGCACCGUCUUCUGCGGCGCAAGUUUUGAAGGAGUACUUACCUCCUGAUCCAUCGCGAACGAGGUCUCAAAAGAAUCCGCAGGAGAUUUUCAAAGCUCUAGCGCAUGUGGAUAGUCAGCGUCCACCAGGGAAGAAAGGGGAUGAAGUACGUAGGGCUGAAAGGGUGCUGCAGAGGAUUGGAGAGGCGGGUGGGGGUGCGGUUGGGGAGAGACGGUUGACUUUACCGCCCCCUGGACCGCAGACUCCUAGAAAGACUCCUGGAACGCCUAGGAGAGGACAUACACCUGGUAGGGAGAGGACGCCUGGUGGGGAUCGGUAGGGCGGCGGUCCGCACUUGCACAAUCUAUCGCAUCUCGGGUUGAUUUAUUAUUCGCUUUGCAGUUUUGCUCGUUUUGUUAUAAUUUCUUUCCCGCAAAGGAGCCCUUCCUUUCUUGCUUGUGACAUUAGUAGUAUGUACCCUUCAGCUUAUAUUUUGUAAGAUGUCAAGAUCUGGCUCUCUAUAUUUGGGAAGAUAGAUAUCGUCCUAAGAGACGAUACCAUUAUUAUCUUCCUGCUGCAACCCCUUAGCCUCUUCCUUUGUGUUGCUGUGAUCCAUAUGCAGAGCUUCAACAUUUCUGAUAUCCGUGGAUUACACGGGAAACGGGGUGGCAUAAUAUGCAGAUGAUGGCUUC